CCCUGCCUUUCAUCAUUCCUUCUUUAUCUAUCGUCUUCCAAACACAUACAGACAUACAAAUACACACACUCUGAAGCUGAACGAGAGAUAGAUACAAAGUUACAAGCACAAAGAUGAGGCUUGAGCUAAAAGGUCUCACCUUCCUGCUGCUUCUUGUCUUGCUUGUUCUUUGCUCCAGCGUUCAUCUAUGCGAUGCAAGGAGCGGCAAGCAUUGGAGGCACAGCAGAGCGCCCUCCACCUCUCUGCUGAGGGGAAAAGGGAAAGCAAAGAGCAGUAGUUCCCACAAGCAAAAUGGCAAAGGGAAUCAGAGUCCAUACCAGCAAAGUCCGAUCGUGCCUGUCAGCCCGAGUGGAAGCCCUGCUCAGGGCAGAGGAGGUCAGGGUCCAACAAUGCCAGCACCAAGCAGUGGAACUGGAUACACACUGCCACCACCACCACCACCGCUGCAGCCACCUCCGCCACCGUCGCUACCAGCAGCACCAUCACAGGAUACAGUCUACAACGUGGUGGAUUUUGGAGCCAAGGGUGAUGGAGUUACAGAUGAUACUCAGGCUUUUGAAGCAGCAUGGGCAGCAGCAUGCAAGGUGGAGGCAUCUACGGUUCUUGUACCAUCUGAACUCGAGUUUGUCGUUGGCCCAGUCUCAUUUUCUGGGCCUUACUGUAAACCAAACAUUCUAUUCCAGCUAGAUGGAACUAUUUUAGCUCAAACUAGUGCAAGAGUGUGGGGUUCUGGUUUGCUUCAAUGGCUUGAGUUCACGAAGCUAACUGGAAUAGCAAUCCAAGGCAGUGGUGUAAUAAAUGGCAGGGGGCAAGGAUGGUGGACCUACUCAGAUCCAAAUGAUGAUGACGACAACGAUGCAUUCAGAGUGGAGCUAGACAAGAUGCCACAAAUUAAACCUACGGCGCUGAGAUUUUAUGGCAGUUCCAAUGUCACAGUAACGGGUAUCACGAUUGUUAACAGUUCACAGUGCCAUCUGAAGUUUGAUAGCUGUCAAGGAGUCAUGGUUCAUGAUUUAACCAUCUCUUCCCCUGAGAAUAGUCCCAACACUGAUGGAAUACACCUGCAAAACUCCAGAGAAGUCAACAUUCACCACACCAACAUGGCUUGCGGUGAUGACUGUGUUUCCAUACAGACAGGAUGCAGUGACAUAAACAUACAUAACGUGAACUGUGGACCAGGCCAUGGGAUCAGCAUUGGUGGUCUAGGGAGGUACAACACAAAAGCAUGUGUAUCCAACGUCACUGUAAGAGAUGUCAACAUGGUUAAAACAACGAAUGGGGUCAGAAUCAAGACUUGGCAGGGUGGUUCCGGGCUGGUUCAGGGUAUAAGGUUCUCAAACAUACAGGUCUCAGAAGUUCAAACGCCUAUCAUAAUAGACCAAUUCUACUGUGACAAAACAACGUGCAGAAAUCAAACCUCAGCAGUGGCGGUUUCAGGUGUUCAGUAUGAGAACAUCAGGGGGACUUUCACAAUUAAACCGGCCCACUUCGCGUGCAGCGACAGCUCGCCUUGUUCAGAGAUCACUCUUACCGGAAUACAACUCAAACCCCUGAUAGUGCCGCAGUUCCACCUGUACAACCCCUUCUGCUGGCAAGCCUUUGGAGAACUGUACACCCCCACCCUCCCUCCCAUACCUUGCUUGCAGAUCGGCAAACCAGCAGGGAACAGCGUGCUGUCCGAUGGUGACCUUUGCUGAAAUGUUGGGCCUCUCUGAAAAGAAGUGGAAGUACCUUAAUCCGGGAAAUACUGUUGUUGUUCAUCAGUUAAGGUGGUCGUCGUGAUUCUUCCGACCCCUUUGCACAAUGCCGUGUAUUGUGCAUAUAUGCAACUAUUGUCAGGAAUCAGGAUAUGGCUUCCAUGGGCCAUGGCACGUGCCAACUCCCCUCUUGAUAGGAAAUAUAGGAAGUCGAUGAUAUAGGUAGUGUUUGCCCAGCGUUUCCAGUGAUGUAUCAAGCAUGCGUUUGAGAUGCUUGAGGGAAAAACAUAGGAUCAGUAGGCUGUAUCCCCCUUUAUACCGGAAUGUACAUACAAAUACUAGUAGAAAAGCCUUGUUCACUCUCCA